GUCGAAGUCUCCCCCACCCACACCAUGACACUUUCGCGCUGUGGAGAGAAGUAUACAUACCGUCAAUUGCAACACACUUAACCCCAUUGCGACACUCAUAUCUCAUCAACCCCAGCUAUUAAUACCGUUGGUUUUCAUCACUCCUGCAUAACCUUCGUGGGUAUGAUGUUGUAAAGAGCUCGUGUGAAUUGCAUGAUAUCAAGCGUAACAAUCUUAUAUUGUUUCAUUGUUGAGCCGUUAGUUCUUCGAGGCAAUACACAUGGAUCAUCAGAGAGUGCUUCUCCUUACGAUGUUAAUCACCAUUACAGUGCCUAUAAUUACAGCAGCCAAGAGGCAAGAUAUCGUCAUAGGCUCCACUACAUUUUCACUGACGGAGCGGGUGCAGAAAUGUAUGGAGAUGCUUCGACUCAGGGUGAGGAACAGUGCCAACCCGGGCGGCGAUAUGCAGAAGUGCCUUCGGCAGAUGACUACUACUCGAGCUCCAAAUGAAACUUAUUUUAACAACUUAGAUUCUGAGUUGUUGGUUGCAGAGGAGGGUAGUACGGCUCUAUUGGAAUGUGAAAUAGUCAAUCUAGGAAACAAGGACGUGUCAUGGAAGAGACGGGGAAAAACAUUGAGUCAUAUGGAGACAUCAUAUCUACGCGGUAGACGCUUCAAACUGAAGAGAGUAAACUCUACCUUUAGUAUCCGUAUUGAGGGAGUCGUCAAGUCUGAUGCCGGUGAUUACAAGUGCCAAGUACUAUCUAGAACCUCAACAAUCGAGAGGAUCAUCAGACUGGAGGUACCAAGUCUACCGAAUAUCUUCACCAUCGACCCAAGCUCGUCUCCAUAUUUCAUCCCAUCCGACCCAAACCGGCGCUACUUCAACUCUACAUCGGACGCCAUUUUGUUUUGCAACGCAACAGGCUCCCCAGAGCCGAAUGUCACGUGGGAGCGCGUGGAUGGCAAUUCGUCCAAUGGGAGGCUAGGUUUGUGGGGCGAUACGGUGUCGUUACGUAACGUAAGUGCGGGAGACGCUGGGACGUAUAACUGCACGGCUUCAAACGGAGUUGGUGACGUAGAGUUAUCAGUGGAAGUUGUGGUUCAGUACAAACCUGUGGUCGUGUCCCCAACCCCCAUGGUCAGGGCAGGUCGAGAUGACUAUGUAACAAUAAGAUGUAACGUCAAAGCCGUCCCAAAAGCUGAAAUAGUCUGGAAGAGGAACAAGGUGGUGCUGCAAAAUAACGGCAGGGGAAUUCUCCGCAACGGGAUGCAAUCUGUCGAUUAUGUAUUAGUGAAAGUGAUGCCAGACACCGACUAUGGCAACUACUCUUGUGUUGCGUCAAACAUGAUGGGCACAUCACAAAUGACUGUUGAAUUACAUGGUCGACCUGUAGCCCCAGCAGUGACAAGCCAAGCUAUGGGUCGUAAACGCCACGCUUAUACAUUGUCAUGGCAACCAGGAACAUCUUCGUCCAAUCAGAAGGUACCAAUCAGUGCUUACGUCAUCAUGUUCAGAGGAUGGUGGAUAGAGAUGAGAGGGACGGCAAAGAGGAUAGUGUUCUCACACGACACCCCUCUGAGAGAAGUGGUACGUGUCCGUGGUGACGAAAGGUCUUACAGUUACAUCAUACGUGACCUGAGGCCAAACACGACCUAUGAGUUGAGUAUUUAUGGAAGAAACCAAUACGGAAAUGGGGAUGUAUCAAUGUUCACCUUUUACACAACUACUGCAAAUGUUCCAACGACCACGCAAUCAAUGAUAUCAAAAUAUGGCAUAAUGAUGACAACUAAACCUGGUAUUCGCCUUCCUCGUCGAUCUGGAGCUGCUAGUCUUGAAGGAACGGGGCAACUUUGCUGUGUUAUUUCAAGUUUGCUUUUCAGCUACAUCAUCAUUAACAAAUAAAUAAGUACCAAUAUUAUCGCACGAACUGUCGUUUUUUAUUGUAAUGAAACCAAAGUUUAAUUGAAACAACAAGUUUGUCAGUGAGAGUUAUUUAUAACCUGUUGUCUAACGAUGCCAUCCUACAUGUAGUAUACUCCCUGUUACGAUCAUACCGGUGUACCAGGGAAAUCUGUCCACUCUGUCCCCUAUAAAGGGAAACUUUUAUGGCUUUAUGAGGACGCUUCAAGAGAGGGCGCUAUAUCAGAAGGGGUUUGGACAUAAUCUACUGCCACCUGCUUAACUAGUUACGACGACAAAAAUAAGCUACAUAAAACUUAUAGCCAUUAAUGUCAAUCAAAUGACUUAGCAUUAUUAUCUUUUUUGGAACCCGUGACGGUUUCAACAUUCCUUUUCCCCGGCUAGAGACCCUGCCGUCGAUUUCACCAAACUCUUCCUAACUUAGGAUUAAUCUUAGGAAUUAGGACGAGUUCAGU